UUCACAACUUGAGACAUAUCAACGUUGUGUCGAGAAUCAUUAUAAAGAUUGGGCCUCAGAAUGUCUCGAACAAAAACGUGAACUUACAAAAUGUUCGGAGGAAAAUGUUCCAGAAAUCAAAAUGAUGAAAGAAAAAUGUCAUGAUGCUAUAAGUGCUUUUGACGAAUGCCUAGCAAAAAAUGAAGCGGAUCCGGAAGUUUGUAGAGAAAAAUUGAAAGACUUGUAUAAUUGUACGGAGGCAACUAUAGAUGCUACAAUAAAUCAAAAGAAUGAGUAA